AUGAACAGUCAUCGCAACCCAGACACUAAAAGCACAAGUGAGGAUGAGAACGAUGGCAAUCUGCUCCGACACAAUGCUUUGCCGACAUUUCUUGCGACCUCGCCAGAGUAUACGAUCCAACAGCUGCGUGACUACGACCUGCACGCCCCCAACUUGCAACACAGUGCUCCGGUUGUUGCAUUCCGUGAGCCAUUCGCGGCGACUAUGGAGACGUGCCGUUCUAGUCCAGACCUGACCAACAUCCUCAACUACUACCGCCAGGAGCAGGAGGUCCUUCAUGAGCUAAGAAUCAUGGAAACGUUUGUGGGCAGUGAGAGAUUCAGGCGCCAAAAUUUCUUUAUGGACUUGCUGCAUGGCGGAAGCAUGUCAGACGGCUGCGAGACGCGACAUAAAGGAGGUGGUAUCCCAGACUUGAUGCUCAUGAACUGCGAUGUCCUCAAUGGCGUCGAGCAAUCAGGGUCUUGA